AUGAGAGUGGAAUUGUGGACUUCAAAUCACCACAUAUUCCGAGUAAAGUUGACGUUACUAGUAACAACAACCUUAUCUACUCUCCCCAAGAUUUUCCAUUUAAUGAACAGUUCUAGUCCACAUGUUUGUUCCCAUUCUCAUGGCAGGGUGUCGGAAGCUGUAGCCAAUCAAAACGUUUUUGCACCCAAACCAAGUGAAGGUGCACCAAAUGGCCAGCACCAUUAUGGGUUUGCUAAACAAGUUUCCUACUCUGACAUACAAUCGCCAUCAUUCAGACAUGCCCACAUUAUCUCUCCAAGCAAACAAGCUCCAGAUGGAUACGUGUGUGUUGGGAGAAUUGCCCCACAAAGUGAGCACAAACAUCCUUCAUCCAGUCCUACAAAAAAUGGGAUCUUCGUAUUGGGGGACAAUUCCAACCUUCCCUCACCUUCUGAAUUCCCACCUUCUUUUAAUCCCAGAGUGGCUGCAAAUAUGCCAGCAAAGGAGAAAGUUUCAAACUGGAUCCAUACCGUACCUGUGGUAGUAUUGGAAGAUAGCUUCACAACCUUACUGACUUGUUACCCAGGAAUCGUGUCAUCUAGAGAAUCCACCGGAGAUGACUCUAUGGACUAUGCUGAGCUUCAAGAUAUUUUGGAACUUCAGGCAAGGAAAAUCACAAGAUAUGUCACACAUAUAUACCAGAAUGAAACAGAAACAGUGGCUCAUCAAGAGGUAUCGGACAUAGAAGUUGACCAAGUUGAUAUUAAUGAAGAAAUCAUGCAACUUGGAAAUCUUACUUGA